GUCGGAUUUUAUCUCCGUUUUUUAUUUUUUAAAUCGAUUUUAUACGAUAAAUUUAUAUUAACUCAUAAAAUUAUUAGACUUUACAAGUUAAUUCAUUAGUUUAACAAUUACUGAGUAUUUUCACUUUGAUGAUUAGCCUCCAGCCCUUCACAACCCAAUUAAAACUUGAUAGAAUAUACAUGAGGCGCCGUCCACUUUCACAAGCCAUUUAUUCCCCGCAUUUGUCAAUAAAGAAAUAAUCACUCCCUCUUCACAUUUAAUGCCUCCUAAACCCCAGUCGCUGUCCAUUUGCUACCGUUUCUUUUGUUACCCUAACUCCUCCGCCAGAACACCCAUUAACGGUUUUUCGAAAGCAACCGCAACCGCAACCGUCUACCUUCAGAACCGUUAUGUUCAUACCAGCAACGUGUUCGAUGAACUGCCUCACAGAGACCUCUACUCCCUCAACUCUCAACUCGCCUCCUAUUCUCGCGAUGGAAACUUUCUUGCCACAUGGGAUCUCUUCUCUCGCAUUCAUUCUGCAUUUCUUGACCUUGAUGCUUACACCUUUACGCCGGUUCUCCGUGCAUGCUCGGCUUUGCCUGACACGAAGUGUGGCAGACAAGUCCAUGCUGUAAUGAUUAAGACGGGCACGGAUUUGGGAACUAUAGCAAAAACUGCAGUAAUGGAUAUGUAUUCAAAAUAUGGGUGCUUGGGUGAGUCAGUUAAGGUGUUUGAAGAAAUGGAAUUCCGGGACGUUGUGACUUGGAAUGCUUUGGUUUCGAGUUUUUUAAGGCAUGGUCUUGCUAAGGAAGCGCUUGGUGUAUUUAGAGCAAUGAGGAGGGAGAGAGUGGAGAUAACUGAGUUUACACUGUGUUCUGUGCUUAAGGCUUGUGCCUUUAUUAAGGCUUUUCGACAAGGUAAGCAAGUUCAUGGCUUGGUCAUUGUGAUGGGUCGAGAUUUGGUGGUUUUAGGCACUGCUCUUAUUGAUUUUUACUCUAAUGUGGGGUAUAUUAGCGAAGCUAUGAAAGUAUUUUCUUGUUUGAGCUGCAGGAAAGAUGAGGUUUUGCGCAAUUCUUUGAUUGCUGGGUGUGUCAAGCAUAGGAGAUACGAGGAGGCGUUUUUAGUGAUGAGUACUAUGAGACCAAAUGCGGUUGCACUUACUACUGCUCUUGCUGCUUGCUCUGAUAAUUCAGAUUUGUGGACUGGGAUGCAGAUUCAUUGCGUGGCACUGCGAUUUGGAUUUAUUGAAAAUACUCAAGUGUGCAAUGUGUUAUUAGAUAUGUAUGCAAAAUGUGGGAGAAUUUUGAAAUCCAGAUCAAUAUUUGACGGGAUCUGUCAUAAAACUGUUGUUACUUGGACUAGCAUGAUAGAUGCAUAUGGAAGGCAUGGUCAUGGGGAUGAAGCACUCAAGCUGUUUAAAGAGUUGGGGCAAGAAGGAAGUAGAGUCUUGCCAAAUUCUUUGACACUUCUCGCUGUUCUAUCAGCAUGUGGGCAUUCAGGACUAGUCAAAGAAGGCCAAGAACUUUUUAAUUCUGCAAGGGAGAAAUAUGGUCUAGAUCCAAGUCAGGAGCACUAUUCCUGCGUCAUAGAUAUCUUAGGCCGUGCUGGCCAAAUAGAAGAUGCAUGGUGCCUUUUUCAUGAUAUGGUUAAAAAGGGUAUAGGGCCUACAGCUGCAGUGUGGGCAGCACUAGUGAAUGCUUGUUGUCUUAACCUGGAUGUAUCUAGGGGUGAGUUUGCUGCAAAGCAUCUCUUGGAAUUAGAACCAAAUAAUGAUGGCAUUCAUGUGCUGGUUUCAAAGUUCUAUGCAUCCAUUGAUAGGUGGGAUGUUGUGGAGAGCUUGAGAAACAAUAUGAGGAAGAAAGGACUAACUAAAGUAUUAGGUAGUAGCUGGUUAGAUGUUGCAUGAAAUUGCCACUUAACUACAAAUUAGAGCAGAAAAGGGGUGGUUUGAACUUCUUGAUUUUGAUCAAAGAGCAGACUGUUAUUUAUCAAGAAGACUCAGAAAGUGCACCCCUCUCAGGUCUGGCUUUUCCAUUAUUCUAUUUCCACGUGGAAGAUUUCCAUUAAAGCAAUUCAUAGAAGUGAUCAGAUGCAUCUGGUUAAUUACUUGACUGGUCUCGUUUUUGGAGUUUUGAGAUAACGGUGCGGGUUCGGAAAAUUAGUUUCUCAUUUCCAAAACAGUAUUUUUGAAACAAGUAGUCUCCAGACUUAUUCAGCACCUGGCUAACUAGAAUCCACAAAAUAGAGACGAAUUCCUCUCAGGGCUAAUUACAGUUUAUUGGGGCCUAUCAAAUACUUGCUUCUUGUGAACCAUUCUGAAGGCAAAUAUAUCACCGAUCUCAUUCGUCAUCCAUUUUCCAUAAACAGAGAUUCCUGGCAACGAGGGAGAGAAAUGGAUUAUCUUUCGAAGAAUUUCAUUCAGGAUUUGCAGAGAAGACGCGAAGGUUCAAAGAUGCUUCAGAAGAUUCUGAGUAUACUGUUUUGGGAUCUCUUUAAUUAGUUUAGCUCAUCAUUUCUGUCU